ACUAAUAUUUCAUAAAAUUUUGCAGGAUCUGAACCAACUAUGAGAGAUUUCCACACAGCUGCUGUUAUAAAUGAUAAAAUGUAUAUUUUUGGUGGAAGAGGAACUGAAUCUCCAUUUAAUUUAUAUGUACCUGGCAAAGAAAUAUACUGCAAUAAUUUAUGGUUUCUUGACCUGCAAACUAAUGAAUGGCAUCGUCCACAUACCAUUGGGACACCACCUACUGGAAGAAGAAGUCAUUCGGCCUUUGUUCACAACAACAAAAUGUACAUUUUUGGAGGAUACAAUGCCCUCUUUGUUGAGCAUUACAAUGAUAUGUUUGAAUUCAAUCCAGUCACUCUAGAAUGGAAAAUGAUGAAUCCAUUAGGAAAAGCACCUUGUAAUAGAAGGAGACAAGCAUGUAUAGUUAGUGGAGAUAGACUUUUCUUAUUUGGUGGUACCAGCCCUGUUUCGUUUUUUCCUGGUGCACAAGAGCAAUUCGAUGGAGAUAACAUAGAUGAUCAAUUGAUUGACCACAGUGACAUGCAUAUUCUAGAUUUUCAUCCUUCACUCAAGACACUUUGCAUGUUAACAGUCAGGAAGUACAAGUUAGACACUUCAUCUCUUCCACACUGUUUAAAAGUGGAGUAUAAAAAUAUGUUUUCCCCAAAUAAAAUAACCAUCAACAGACCUAACAACUCGGCAGGAUGAAAUAAUCAAUUUAAGUUUUUCAUUCAACUUUAAUUUGAUUAUAAGGAAGAACUGUUUCAAAAAAUGCAUUGAGUAUUAAAUUA